CUCGCUACAUUCUUACACUCCACGAACUCCUGGCCCACACACCCCAUGAACAUGUAGAAAGAACCAGUCUGGACUACGCCAAAUCCAAGCUGGAGGAGCUUUCCAGAAUCAUGCACGAUGAAGUGAGCGAGACCGAGAACAUCAGGAAGAACCUGGCAAUAGAGCGCAUGAUCGUAGAGGGCUGUGAGAUUCUUCUUGACACCAGCCAGACGUUUGUAAGACAAGGGUCUCUCAUCCAGGUGCCGAUGAGCGAGAAGGUCAAAAUCACCCGUGGGCGACUGGGUUCUCUGUCUCUGAAGAAGGAGGGGGAGAGGCAGUGCUUUCUCUUCUCCAAGCAUGUAAUCAUCUGCACCAGGGGAUCUGGGGGAAAGCUUCAUCUCACCAAGAAUGGAGUAGUCUCGCUUAUAGACUGCACUCUUUUGGAGGACCCUGAGGGGACAGAUGAUGAGGCCAAAUCAGACAAGAGCGGCCAGGACAUGGAGCACCUGGACUUCAAGAUUGUGGUGGAGCCAAAGGACAGCCAGUCAUUCACAGUCAUCCUGGUGGCCUCCUCCAGGCAGGAGAAGUCUGCAUGGACCAGUGACAUCAGCCAGUGCAUAGACAACAUCCGCUGCAAUGGGCUGAUGAUGAACGCCUUCGAAGACAACUCCAAAGUCACGGUGCCACAGAUGAUCAAGUCAGAUUCAAGUCUGUACUGCGAUGAUGUAGACAUUCGCUUCAGCAAGAUGAUGAACUCCUGCAAGGUGCUACAGAUCCGCUACGCCAGCGUCGAGCGCCUGCUGGAGAGACUGACUGACCUCCGUUUCCUCUCCAUCGACUUCCUCAACACCUUCCUUCACUCCUAUCGCGUGUUUACCACCGCUGAUGUGGUGCUAGACAAGCUUAUCACCAUCUACAAGAAGCCCAUCAGUGCCAUCCCUGCGAGGUCCCUGGAGUUAUUCUUUGCCAGCACUCAGAACAGUAAAGUCCUGUAUGGAGAGCCUCCCAGCUCCCCCAGGGCAAGCAGGAAGUUCUCCUCCCCUCCUCCUCUCGCUAUGACCAAGAAUUCAUCACCAAAUCGCCGGCGCAAGCUGUCCCUCAACAUCCCCAUCAUUACUGGGGGCAAAGCUCUUGACCUGGCUGCCCUCAGCUGCUCCUCAAAUGGCUAUGCAAGCAUGUACUCAACCAUGUCACCAUUCAGCAAGACCACCUUAGACAUCAACAAACUGUACGUGUCCAGCCCUGUCUCCAGCAAAAUCCCUGAUGAGGGGGAGGACAAGAAGGACAAGGUGGAGGACACCACAGUGAGCAAACAAGAUCUCUCUGUUCGAGAAGAAGGUGACAACGAUCCGAACCAGAGUGAUGACGGGGACGCAGAAGCCUCUCCCACCAAGUCACCUACCACCCCGAAAAACAUCAAAGGCAAAAACUCAGAGUUCUCUCUGUUUUCCUACAACAAUGGCAUGGUGAUGUCCUCAUGUCGAGAGAUGGAUAACAACCGCAGUGCCCUGUCUGCCGCCUCCGCCUUCGCUAUUGCUACAGCUGGAGCCAAUGAGGGCACACCUACCAAGGAAAAAUAUCGACGGAUGUCCCUCGCCAGUACUGGUUUCCCAACAGACCAGAGAAAUGGAGACAAGGAGUUUGUGAUCAGACGAGCAGCGACCAACAGAGUCCUGAAUGUCCUGAGGCACUGGGUGUCCAAACACUCUCCGGAUUUUGAUAAUAACAAUGAGCUGAAGACUAAAGCUAUUGUGUUCCUGGAGGAAGUGAUGCAUGACCCUGAGCUGUUGACCCAGGAGAGGAAAGCAGCAGCCAACAUCAUCAGGACUCUAACUCAGGAAGAUCACGGUGACAAUCAGAUCACCCUUAAAGACGUAACACAACUGAUUGGAGAAGGGAAGGUGGAGGCCAUUGAGAGUCACUCUGCGUUGGAGAUCGCAGAACAGCUCACUCUGCUGGACCACCUGGUGUUUAAGGUCAUCCCAUAUGAAGAGUUCUUUGGGCAAGGCUGGAUGAAGAAUGACAAAAAUGAGAAGACGCCGUACAUCAUGAGAACAACAAAGCACUUCAAUGAUAUAAGCAACCUAAUUGCCACAGAGAUCCUGCGCUGUGACGACGUGGUCACUCGGGUGGUGGUCUUAGAGAAAUGGGUGGCUGUGGCGGACAUCUGUCGCUGCCUCCACAACUACAACGCCGUGCUGGAGAUCACCUCGUCCCUCAACCGCAGCUCUGUCUUCCGCCUCAAGAAGACCUGGCUCAAGGUUUCCAAGCAGACAAAAGCAUUGAUUGACAAGCUGCAGAAGCUGGUCUCAUCAGAAGGGAGGUUCAAAAACCUGAGAGAGGCUUUAAAGAAUUGUGAUCCUCCCUGUGUGCCAUAUCUGGGGAUGUACCUCACCGACCUGGCUUUCAUUGAGGAGGGAACGCCGAACUACACCGAAGACAACUUGGUCAACUUCUCAAAGAUGAGAAUGAUUUCUCACAUCAUCAGAGAAAUCAGGCAGUUUCAGCAAACAGCAUACAAGAUUGACCUGCAACCAAAGGUAGCCCAGUAUCUACUGGAUAAUAGUUUUGUUCUGGAUGAAGAGAGCAUGUACGAAGCCUCACUCAGAAUUGAGCCCAAAGUGCCGAACUGAAGGGGAAGUUGGUCGUCCACAUUAUUUUCUCUGUUAAUAUUACACAUCAGUAAACAUACACAUUACCUUUUGUAUAGUUGUACAUGUUUAAGAUAUUUGCUCUUCUGUACAGUAGAUGUUUAAGGUUGUUUGACAACACAAAACCUUUCAGUCUAUAUUUUUUGUUUGUUACAGUUGCCACCUGCUUUUCAUUUUAUUUUAGGGUAUUUUAAGCAUAAUAACAGAGGUCCCUUUGGUUGUGCACAACUGUGUCUGCUAGUGACCAAUGACAUUAUUUUGCAUCAUCUCGUAAUGUGUUGACUUUGCACUUUCUGGAGCACUCCUGCUGCCAGCUGUUGUUCUCUUUGCUUGAGUUGUAUCUAUGACUGAGUUUCUCUGCAACCAAUGUAGCAUUGUAAAAAUGUAAGUGCAUCAAAUCAGGUAAAAGAGCACAGAGAAUACAACUGUAUUUAAAGAUAAGGCACAAUGAUCAGUGGAGAUGACAGCAAGGUACCUGAAGCAUUAAUGUCUCUGUGCUUCCCAAACCAAAAUAACAGGGAUUUGUUUUCUUCAUUUCUGCUCAGUACUCUAGAGUCAGAGGUUCCCAACCAAUCUGUGGCACUGCGGACUGUUUUCAUACUGACAGUGUCGUUAGACCAGUGGUUAAACCUAGAUACUUAUAAAAGUGAGGCUGGUAGGGUUGUUUUUUUGUUUUUCAUCAUAACAUAAUGGACCAACUUAUUGUUUAACUUGAUGAUAACGCUAGAUGAAAAGUCAGUGGACCACCAAAGUUAUUUUUAAUUCAUCCUAAGUAGUACAUAAAUACAAUGUUUCCUGGCAAUCCAACCAACAGUAAUUGAGACUUUUCACUAGAAAACAAAAAUAUGUGCAUUUUAUGGUGGCACCAGAAAGAAAGUCUAGUGAUCACAAAAGACAUGAGCCAAUAGUUAGUAAAAUAUCAAUCAAAAUGAAGUUGAAAGAUAUCUAAAGCCAUGCUACUAGCACGUCUAAAAAUCCAUAUAAUGGUGGUGAGUCCAUGUUGGGGAAGAAAAAUGCAAAACUGAUCAUUUAUUGUUUUUUGCAGCAUCAAAACGCUUAUUUGUUCCCCAGGGAAGGAAUUGGGAACCUCUGCUUUAAGAUACAUGUCUUCACUAACCUAAAAUUAACAAGUUUUUAAGUGUUUUUUUUAUUUGUUGUAAAGUGACACACUCUCCAUCGAAGCCUUUUGUCACAGAUGCCCAAACUCACCUCAAUUUACUUAUAAUCUGUGUGAAAACACACAGUGAUAAGGAAAAGUUACAUUUCUUUUGAUAGCUGUGAUUAAAGGUUAAGCAUUCAUCUUCAGAAUUUAGCUUUACACUUAAAAUAAACAUAAAGUAUACAGUACAGUGAGUUCUAACUAUGCUCAAAUAAUUUCAUGUUUCUUGGUAUUUAGUUUAACUCAUAAAAAAAGAUCACAUGCGGUGGAAAGUGUUGUACCUUCAGGUUUGGCGAUACUUGUGUAGAGUAAAGGUUGUUGCUCUUCUGUAAUUAAAAGACAAUCUGUCCUUUUUGCUGUUCCAGUGAUUGUGGGACGUGACUGUAUAUCACUCUGUUAUAUGCAUUGCUGUUUAAAACUUAUGAUAAAAAUGUAUGUGAAUGACCUCUGCCUGCAGCAUUCAAACACUAUUUUUGUAGUAGUAUAAGAGAGAGUUACCUGCUCUUUAUAUGAACAUGGGAAAGUAUUUUGUACUUUGUUGUUCACCUCACUGAGAUGUGAUGUAUAUUUUGUACAUGCAACCCUGCAUAUUUCUCAAUGUGGAACCGUGUAAUCCUUUCAAAAAAAGAAAGUUGUAUCUCAAGCUUAAACAUGAUACGCUAAAACAGUGUGGUUUUGAAACCAUGACUUAGAGGUAGGAGAUAACUUCAAAGUGUUUUGCAUUGAUACUGUAAUCCUGUCUAUAACCAUUUCUGUUAGCAGGAAUAUAGUAACGUAGUGCUUAUUCUGUGAAUAUUUGUAUGUAUUUUUACUAUGUAUGUACAGUACACUUUUGAAGCUCAUGUGGCAGGCAUGCAACACCUUCACAGACAGAAUAAUACUAUAUACUUAUACUGUAUACACUUAUACAUGCACAUACUCUUAUAAGGUAUAUAAACAAAUAAACAUUUUGCUGUUAGCAAUACCCAGUGGUAUGAAAAUUAUCUUUCAACCCUCAUGUUUCCACACCUUAAAAAUAUUCAGUUUUGUAAGAAAAAAAAUGAAAAGACAACAAGAAAAUAUACAUUAUGAUUAUGAUAAUAACGACAAAUAUACACAAAUAUGUUUCCCAGUUACCUCUUGCUAAUAAAUCCAUUUUAUAUCAGGGGCA